ACUGCUCCUUUAAACAAAAGCACCAAAAGACUAGUCCCCACUUACACCAUCCAUAAACCAUAAACCAUAAUUUAUCCACUCUCAUUGACUUCACUUCUCAGAAGGUAAGCGCCAUAAACCUUAGCUCUUUACUCAUUUUCAUACUUUCUAUAUCUGAGUGUUGUGUUGUGCACUGCACAUUCAUGAAUUGGUAUGUAUAGUGAUGGGGAAGGGUAGACCUAGGGCUGUGGAGAAGGGUGUAGUUGGGGCGAGCAACACUGUUACCUGCUGCGAGUCCACCAGUGUACCCUCAGGUCCUGUGUAUUACCCUACUGAGGAUGAGUUCAAGGAUCCUUUAGAUUAUAUUUACAAGAUUAGGCCUGAGGCUGAGCCUUAUGGGAUUUGUAGGAUUGUUCCACCAAAGGGUUGGAACCCUCCUUUUGCUUUGGAUCUGGAUACUUUCACUUUUCCCACCAAGACACAGGCCAUUCACAAGCUCCAGGCUCGCCCCGCCGCAUCGGACUCCAUGACUUUUGACUUGGAGUACUCUAGGUUCUUGCAGGACCAGUGUGGUAAGAAGUCUAGAAAGAGGGUUGUGUUUGAAGGGGAGGACUUGGACUUAUGCAAGUUGUUCAAUGCGGUUAAGCGCUUUGGCGGGUACGAUAAGGUUGUUGAUGCCAAGAAGUGGGGGGAUGUUGCUAGGUUUUUGAGGCCGGCCGGGAAGAUUACGGAUUGUGCUAAGCAUGUGUUGUGUCAAUUGUACCGGGAGCAUUUGUAUGAUUAUGAGGAGUUUUAUAAUAAGAUGAAUCAAGGGACUGCUGUGAACUGUAAGAAAGGUGAGAGAGAUGAGAGGAAGAGUGAUCACAGAGUGCAAUCCUCGACGUCCAAGAAGCAUCCCCGGAGGGUUAGUGGUCUGAAAGUUAAGGAUUGUAAAGUACAUGUAGAAGAAGAACGUGAUCAGAUUUGUGAGCAGUGCAAGAGUGGUUUGCACGGUGAAGUCAUGCUUUUGUGUGAUAGGUGCGAUAAGGGCUGGCAUACUUAUUGUCUUUCCCCGCCGUUGAAGCAAAUUCCACAGGGAAAUUGGUACUGUUUCAGCUGCUUGAAUUCUGACAGGGACAGCUUUGGUUUUGUGCCUGGGAAGCAUUACACAUUGGAAGCCUUUAGGCGUAUUGCUGAUCGGUCAAGGAGGAGAUGGUUUGGAUCAGGGCCUGUUUCAAGGGUGCAGAUGGAGAAAAAAUUUUGGGAGAUUGUCGAAGGAUCAGUUGGUGAAGUUGAGGUUAUGUAUGGAAAUGACUUGGAUACAUCUGUAUAUGGAAGUGGUUUCCCACGCGUUGCUGAUCAGAAAAUGCAAUCCGUUGACGACAAGUUAUGGCAAGAAUACGCAACAAUCCCAUGGAAUCUCAAUAACUUGCCAAAGCUGAAAGGCUCAAUGCUUAGAUCUAUUCAACACAAUAUCACUGGUGUUAUGGUACCCUGGCUAUAUAUUGGGAUGUUGUUCUCAUCUUUUUGCUGGCACUUCGAGGAUCACUGCUUUUACUCAAUGAAUUAUUUACACUGGGGAGAGCCAAAGUGCUGGUACAGUGUUCCUGGCAAUCAAGCCAGUGCAUUUGAGAAGGUGAUGAGAAGUAGUCUUCCUGAUCUUUUCGAUGCGCAACCUGAUCUACUUUUCCAGCUUGUUACUAUGUUAAACCCAUCUGUCUUGCAAGAAAAUGGGGUUCCUGUCUACAGCGUACUUCAGGAGCCUGGGAAUUUUGUUAUAACCUUCCCACGAUCAUAUCAUGGAGGUUUCAAUCUUGGUUUGAAUUGUGCAGAGGCAGUAAAUUUUGCUCCAGCUGACUGGCUACCUUUUGGUGCAUUUGGUGCUGAUCUCUAUCAGCGGUAUCACAAACCUGCUGUAUUGUCGCAUGAGGAGCUUCUUUGUGUAGUAGCCCAGCAUGGCGAUGUUGACAGCAGAGUAUCUUCAUAUUUGAAGAAGGAAUUGUUGAGAAUAUCAGAUAAAGAAAAGUCUUGGAGAGAGAAACUAUGGAAAGAUGGUAUAAUUAAAUAUUCUCGCAUGACUCCUCGCAAAUGUCCACAAUAUGUGGGAACUGAGGAGGAUCCAACAUGCAUUAUUUGCCAGCAAUAUCUCUAUCUCUCUGCUGUUGUGUGCAGUUGCCGACCAUCAUCUUUUGUGUGCCUGGAGCACUCGGAACACCUUUGUGAGUGUAAGACUGUGAAGCUGCGUCUUCUCUACCGUCAUUCACUUGCAGAAUUGUUUGACUUGGCCUUUUCCAUGGAAGAAUUUACUUCUGAUGACAAGGCUGAAUGUAGAAGUGUUAGAAGGCAAUCUUCUUGUCAGGGUGCUUUGACCAAAAAGGUGAAAGGUAUCUCCGUUAAUUUAAAUCAACUUGCUACAGAAUGGCUUCUGCAAUCUAGUACGAUUCUUCAGAAUCCAUUUCUGAGCAAUGCAUUUGUUACUACACUAAGGAAAGCUGAACAGUUUCUUUGGGCUGGUUCUGAGAUGGACUCUGUUCGAGAUAUGGUGAAGACCUUGAUUGAAGCUCAGAAGUGGGCAGAAGGGAUAAGAGAUUGCAUAACAAAAAUUGAGUUUUGGUAUCAAGACUCAACUGUAAAGAAAGUUCAUUUAGAAUUCAUUGAUGAGUUAUUGAGAUUUAAUCCUCCACCUUGCAAUGAGCCUAAUUAUCAUAAAUUGAAGGAAUACGCUGAAGAAGCGAGGUUAUUAGUUCAGGAUAUUGAUACUGCUUUAUCGAGGUGUUCAAAGAUGUCUGAGUUGGAACUUUUAUACUCCAGAGCUUGUGGCUUGCCCAUCUACAUGAAAGAGAGUAAGAAAUUAGAAGGGAGGAUUUCUUUGAUUAAGACAUGGCUGGACAGUGUUAGAAAGUGUAUCUCUGCGAGACAUCCUACUGUCUUAGAGUUUAACAUUCUUUACAAGUUAAAAUCAGAGAUCUUGGAUCUUCAAGUUCAUCUUCCAGAGAUAGAGGUGUUUGAGAAUAUGCUAAAUCGAGCUGAAUCUUGUAGCAUCCAAUGUCGUGAGAUGUUAGAAGGUCCUAUGAAUCUACAGAAUGUUAGUUUGCUGCUUAAGGAAUGGGACAAUUUUGCAGUUGCUGUACCAGAGUUGCAGCUUCUAAGACAAUACCAUUCAGAUACUGUGUUGUGGGUUGCCCAUGUUAAUGAUCUUUUAAGGAGAGCUCAUGUGCAGGGUGAUCAACAUAAUACAGUUAAUGAAUUGAUGCACAUUUUUGAAGAAGGUUCAUCUUUAAAAAUUCAAGUUGAUGAGUUGCCAUUAGUUGAGAUGGAGCUAAAGAAAGCUAGUUGCCGGGAGAAUGCUUUGAAGGCUCAUGAUUCUAGAAUGCCUUUGGAAUUCAUUCAGCAACUGCUAGAGGAAGCUAAAAUGCUACACAUUGAGGAAGAGAAACUAUUCGUUGAUUUAUCUUGUGUCCUUGCUCUUGCCAUACCUUGGGAGGAAAGGGCUAGAGAGAUUCUUUCACAUGAGAAUCCUAUUUCUGACUUUGAGGACAUGAUCAGGGAUUCAGAAAACAUAUUUGCUAUUCUUCCUUCACUUAAUGAUGUUAAAGACGCAUUUUCUGAAGCUAAUUUAUGGUUAAGGAAUUCAAAGCCAUAUUUAGUCUCUUCUCCGUGUGCUUCAAGUUCUUUGCUGAAAGUUGAGGACUUGCAGAUGUUGGUUUCUGAAUCGAAGCUUCUUAAAGUAUCUUUGGGAGAAAGAAGGAUGCUGGAACUUGUUUUGAAGAACUGCAAACUUUGGGAAUGUGAAGCAUCUUCUCUACUGGAUGAUUGUCGGUGCCUUUUCGAAUUGGAUAACUGUGUUGAUGGAGUAAGCAGUGAUUUAAUGUUUAGGGUGGAAGAUUUGAUUGCAAGAAUCCAAUCUGCUAUAGCAUCUGGUGUUUCACUUGGUUUUGACUUCAUAGAGAUUUCAAAACUUCAAGCAUCUUGUUCUACACUACAAUGGUGCAAAAGAGCCCUUUGUUUCAGUGAUUGUCCGUCAUCGUUAGAGGAUGUUUUGGAGGUUGCGGAAGGUCUUUCUCAUUCCUCUGUUUCUGGUGCGCUGUUGAAAGUUCUGGUUGAUGGAGUUGAAUGGCUUAGGAGAGCGUUGGAGGAAAUAUCUCGACCUUGUAAUUCUAGAAGAUGCCAUUUGACUGAGGUUCAAGAUACUCUUAAUGAUUAUAAGAAUGUUAAUAUGACCUUUGGAGCAGUAUAUGGUCAACUUGAAGAAGCCAUUAGAAAACAUAUGUUAUGGCAAGAACAAGUGCACCAAUUUUUUGGCCUGAAUUCUAGGGAUCGAUCUUGGUCAUUGAUGUUGCAGCUGAAGGAGCUUGGAGAUACUGUUGCUUUCAGUUGCUCAGAGCUGGAUAUGAUUUUAUCUGAAGUUGAGAAGGUGGAAAAUUGGAAGAAACGAUGCUUAGACAAAAUAGGAUCUUCUGUCCAAACUGACAAUUUGCUGUUUAAUGUGCUGAAGAAGAUAAAACAGACUCUAGAGAGAUCAUUGUUCAUAUAUGGUGAUGUUAAAGAAAGGAAGGAUCAAAACCUCUGCAUUUGCUGUCUUUUGCAUUCUGAGUGUCAGGAAUUUCUUACUUGUUCGACUUGUAUGGACUGCUAUCAUUUGCAGUGCAUUGGACUAACAGCAAAGGACACCUGCAUUGAAAACUACAAAUGCCCUUACUGUGCAAUUUUGAUUGGUGAAUCUCAUUAUCCAAGUGGAGGUGGCCUCCUGAGGUUUGGUAAGAAGCGUAUUGAAUUGAAAAUUCUCACUGCUCUUCUGUCGGAAGCUGAACAUUUCUGUUUGAGUCUAUGCAGGAUUGAUGAAAUGGAAGUUCUGAAUGAACUUGUUGAGAAAGCCCUUCUGUGCAAAUCUUUCUUGAGAGAAAUACUGAACUUUGCAUCAACUGUUGUUGAUGAAGAUAUAAGCAUUGUCUCUGAAAAAUUGAUGAAAGCUAUAAAGGCUAGCGAUGUGGCUGGUGUCUAUGAUGAACAUGAUAAUUCUGACCUUGAGUUGGCUUUAGCAAAAAACUUGUGGAAAAUUCAAGUCAAUAGAUUGCUAAAUGGUGUAUGCAAGCCCACAAUCCGGCAGAUUCAGAAGCAUAUGAAUGAGGGAGUGGAUAUGGAAAUAUCAGCUGAAGAUCACUAUAUGCUUAAACUUACAAGUGUGAAAUGCUUGGGUUUGCAGUGGGCAGAACUAGCAAAAAAGGUGGCAAACGAUUCUGGGGCACUCAGCCUAGAUAAAGUUUUGGAAGUAAUAGUAGAAGGUGAAAACUUGCCUGUUGAUGUUGAUGAGGAACUCAAGAUGUUGAGGUUUCGAUGCAUGCUUUACUGUAUAUGUCGAAAGCCUUAUGAUAAGAAAGGGAUGAUAGCAUGCAAACAAUGCAAUGAAUGGUACCAUUUUGAUUGCAUGAAAUUACCAUGCACGCAGCAGCUCUACAUUUGUCCUGCAUGCAACCCCUGUGCAGAAGAACCAUUGCCUACAAACCAUGAGAGAUUAGGUAGUGCUAAAUUUGUGGAGCCUAAAACCCCAUCUCCGAGGCACACAAACCCGAGAAAGAAACAGAAAAGAGAUGUGGGCAAUGUCACUUGCAAGAUGUUUACAACAGCAACAGCAGCAGAAGAUAGAGAUAGUAGUAGGUGUAGGAAAUCAAAUGGGAUAGAAUGUCUUAGGUGGCAAAACCGAAAGCCUUUUAGAAGAGCAGCUAAGAAGCGUGUUGAGCUUCGAAGUCUUACUCCAAUUCUAUACACACAACGAUAAGCAUGCAUAUUAGAUACUCAUUGGCCAUUAAAUUGAUUCCAUUGAUUCUUAUGAUGUCAUCUCUAUCGUUUUUAAUCCAUCUCAAUAUGGGGGAAAUCUAAUCUGUAAUUCCUUGUUAGUGGUAGCUAUUUAUUUGUUUGCAUGUCACGCCAUCCAGAUUUAUUAUAACGAUGGUGUGAAUUCACUUAAUGCUACUAGUGUUUAUGCAGCUGAAAAUAGAAUGCAAAAUUACGAUUAAGUUUGUUAAA